GUCACGUGGUGCGCGUGUCGAAGGUCACGGCGCGCUCACAAUGGAGCUCUCGGAGUCUGUGCAGAAAGGCUUCCAGAUGCUGGCGGAUCCUGGCUGCUUCGACUCCAGCGCCUUCGCGCUUCUCGUCCGGGCAGCUUUCCAGAGUCUGCUGGACGCCCAGGCGGACGGGGCCGUGUUAGAUCACCCAGAUUUGAAACAUAUUGACCCAGUGGUUUUAAAAUAUUGUCAUGCGGCAGCUGCAACUUACAUAUUGGAGGCAGGAAAGCACCGGGCUGACAAAUCCACUCUGAGCACUUUCCUAGAAGACUGUAAAUUUGACAGAGAGAGAAUAGAACUGUUUUGCACGGAAUAUCAGAAUAAUAAGGAUUCCCUAGAAAUCCUACUGGGAAGUAUAGGCAAAUCGCUCCCUCAUAUAACUGAUGUUUCUUGGCGCUUGGAAUAUCAGAUAAAGACCAAUCAACUUCAUAAGAUGUACAGACCUGCCUAUUUGGUGACUUUAAAUAUAGAGAACGCUGAUUCCGGGUCCAACCCAGAUAUUAGUUUUAGUUGUGACAUGGAACAAUUACAGGACUUGGUGGGGAGACUCAAAGAUGCCUCGAAAAGCCUGGAAAGAGCAAGUCAGUUAUGAGUCGGCUGAGCGCGGAGGAGACCCCUAGCUGCCCUGCUGCUGCCCGGCCAGCCGGCCUGGGUGCCACCUGGAAGUCCUCCUCUUCUUCGGGGGAGGGGGGGCAUUUUCAUAAAUGGACUGUUUGAACACAUGGGGCUUUUGUACACGUGAAGAGGUGAUGCUGGAAACUCGAGUCCCCUUUCGUAUCAACGGUUUCUCCCAUCCUGAUCUUUGUCAAGUCCCAUCAAAGAAAGUGUUGCACCCCGAAUAAAUGAGGUGGCGACGUU